AUGAUAAUUGCUGUUAAAUCUUAUAAACGAUAUCUUUGGGCCACAAUUAUAAUUCAAAGGCAUUGGCGUGCUAGUUUAAGAAGAAAACAAGAUCAACAAAGAUAUAAAAGGUUAAAAUCAUCAUGCCUUAUAAUCCAAUCUGUGUUCAGAAGAUGGAAGCAACAUAAAAUGCAAUUACAAAUAAAAGCUGCAGUAAUAUUGCAAAGAGCUUUUAGAGAAUGGCAUUCUAGGAGAAAAGCUAAAGAAAAGUCAGCUAUUGUCAUACARUCAUGGUAUAGAAGGCACAGAGAAUUACAGAAAUAUAUUUAUAUUAGAUCUUGUAUUGUUAUUUUUCAGAGAAGAUUUCGGUCCUUUCAAGCCCAAAAGUUAUAUAAAAGAAAGAAAGAGUCUGUACUGACUAUCCAGAAGUACUACAAAGCAUAUCUUAAAGGAAAGAUUGAGCGCACCAACUACUUACAGAAAYGAGCUGCAGCCAUUCAACUACAGGCAGCUUUCAGGAGAAUGAAGGCUCGGAAUUUAUACAGACAAAUUAGAGCUGCUUAUGUUUUGCAAUCAUAUUGGAGAAUGCGACAGGACAAAAUUAGAUUUUUAAACCUUAAGAAGAUUGUUAUCAGAUUGCAGGCACACAUAAGAAAACAUCAGCAAUUACGGAAAUAUAAGAGGAUGAAGAAAGCAGCCAUUAUAAUUCAGACUCAUUUCCGAGCUUACAUUUCAGCCAGGAAAGUUCUAGCAACUUAUCAGAGAACACGUUCUGCUGUCAUUGUUCUACAGUCUGCAUAUAGAGGGAUGCAAGCCAGGAAAACAUUUAUUCAUAUCUUAACAUCUAUUAUAAAGAUUAAAUCAUAUUAUCAUGAUUGUAUUUCCAGAAAGAAAUUUGUGAGUCUAAAAAAUGCUACARUAAAGUUGCAGUCAGUUGUCAAGAUGAAACAAGCACGUAAACAAUAUUUACUUCUAAGAGAAGCUGUACWAUUAAUCCAGCAAUGGUACCGUACACAAAAAAUGGCUGCACGGAGAGAAGAAUAUGUGCAGAUACGUGAAUCUUGUAUCAAAUUGCAAGCUUUUGUUAGAGGAUACCUGGUCAGAAAGCAG